GGGUACGGGACAGGGAGGUGCCGAAGCGCUGGAAGUUUUUUUGGGGAAGAAAAAUAGUAGUCAAGCUCUAGUAAAACAGGCAGAUUUUUAAAUUUUGUUUUGCUGUGUGCAGCAUCUUUUGUCCUAGGAAUGAAAUGCUGUUACACGGAUGACUUGAAAGAGUCUGGUGAUUGCCCGUCUCCAUCGGAGCCCUCGCUGCCCCCGCUGGCUGCGCCCCAGCAGGUGGGUGCAGGUGGGCGCGUGAGCCUGGGGCGGCUGCCGUCAUGUCUUAACGCGCUGCGCUCGCCCCUCCGCUCCCUGCCCCUGCUGCCCCUGGCCCACCUGGCCGCCCUGUCCCCCCCCUCGCCCUCCUCCUCCUCCUCCUCUGCCUCCUCGCUGCCUCUCCGCCCGCUCGAUGCGGCCACGGCAGGCCCCUCUGGAGAGAUGAGCGCGCCGCCGCCGCAGCAGCGCAAGGGCUCGGAGCACGAGCUCCAGGACCAGGACCCGGACCCGUCGGGCUCGGAGCGUGACCUGCGCUUCCAGGCCCAGGCCCGUCCGGCGGGCUCGGACCAGGACCUGCCGGGCCAGACCAAGGGGCAGCACGCGGGCUCCGAGCGCGACCUGCAGUCGGCCUGCUCCUCCAUGAGCCUGCCCUCCAUCAGGAAGACGCCCAAAAAACGCCGCCUCUCGCUGCGCGCGCUCUUCCGCCGGCGCCAGCGCGACCCCAAGCGCAAGUCUCGCUCCGCUGUGCCCGGCACCGCCGCCGUCGAUUCCCUUGCCGCCGGCGAGCUCGUGGCCGCGGAAAGCAGCCUUCAGGAUGCGGCGAUGGGCGCAGAGGCGUCGGGCGCCUCCUCGUCGUUGUCGUCCUCGUCGGCGGCGGCGGCUGGCGGGCACGAGCUGCUGGAGUGCCCGCUGUGCCUGCUGCGGCACACGCGCGAGCGCUUCCCCGACAUCAUGACGUGCCCUCACCGCUCCUGCGCCGACUGCCUGCGCCAGUACCUGCGCAUCGAGAUCAGCGAGAGCCGCGUCAACAUCACCUGUCCCGAGUGCUCGGAGCGCUUCAACCCCCACGACAUCCGCACCAUCCUGGCCGACCGCGCCCUCAUGGACAAGUACGAGGAGUUCAUGCUGCGCCGCUGGCUAGCCGCUGACCCCGACUGCCGCUGGUGCCCCGCACCGGACUGUGGCUAUGCGGUCAUUGCCUUUGGGUGUGCCAGCUGCCCCAAGCUCACAUGUGGCCGUGACGGCUGUGGCACGGAGUUCUGCUACCACUGCAAGCAGCUGUGGCACCCCAACCAGACGUGCGACGCCGCCCGCCAGCAGAGGGCGCAGAGCCUGCGCCUCCGACCCUUCCGCUCCUCCUCCCUCAGCUACAGCCAGGAGAGUGGGGCUGCUGCAGACGACAUUAAGCCAUGUCCCCGCUGUGCCGCCUACAUCAUUAAGAUGAACGACGGGAGCUGUAAUCACAUGACCUGCGCUGUGUGUGGCUGCGAGUUCUGCUGGCUCUGUAUGAAGGAGAUCUCAGACCUGCACUACCUGAGUCCAUCAGGGUGCACCUUCUGGGGUAAGAAGCCAUGGAGUCGCAAGAAGAAGAUCCUGUGGCAGCUGGGCACUCUGGUUGGUGCUCCAGUGGGCAUCGCCUUGAUCGCUGGCAUCGCCAUCCCCGCCAUGAUCAUCGGAAUACCGGUGUAUGUGGGGAGAAAGAUUCACAAUCGCUAUGAGGGAAAGGACAUUUCCAAGCACAAGAGGAACCUUGUCAUUGCUGGCGGUGUGACUUUGUCUGUCAUCGUAUCACCAGUUGUGGCGGCAGUGACUGUCGGUAUCGGCGUGCCCAUCAUGUUGGCGUACGUGUAUGGCGUGGUGCCCAUAUCUCUGUGCCGCAGCGGAGGGUGCGGAGUCUCUGCGGGCAACGGGAAAGGCGUGAGAAUCGAGUUUGACGACGAGAACGACAUGAAUGUGGGCAGCGGCGCCGUGGCUACAGACACCACCUCUGUGGCGGAGACGCGGCACAACCCCAGUCUGGGGGAGGGCAGCGUGGGCGGCCUGACGGGGAGCCUGAGCGCCAGCGGCAGCCACAUGGAGCGGAUCGGAGCCAUGCGGGACAACCUGAGCGAGAACGCCAGCACCAUGGCCCUCGCCGGGGCCAGCAUCACCGGCAGCCUGUCGGGGAGCACCGUGGGCAACUGCUUCAACAGGUUGGAGGUGCAAGCCGAUGUUCAGAAGGAGCGCUGUAGUUUGAGUGGAGAGUCGGGCACGGUCAGUCUGGGGACAAUCAGUGACAACGCUAGCACCAAAGCCAUGGCUGGCUCCAUCCUCAAUGCAUACAUGCCUUUGGACAGUAGGGAUGGCAGCAGUCUGGAGGUGCAGGUGGACAUGGAGUCCAAGCUGUGUAAGCUGCGCCACCACAGCGGCAGCAGCAGCCUGGACGACAGCAGCGGCGGCGGGAGCCGCGGGGGCGCCACGGGAGGAGGAGGAGGAGGAGGCUGCUGCUCGGCCGGCUGCCCUCACGCAUCCUCCUCCUCACGCCUGGCCAAAGAGGCGUCCUCCUCCUCCUCCUCGUCGGGGAAGAAGAGCAAGGGCAAGCUGCGCAAGCGGAGCAGCAGCGGGGGCGUGCGGCGGAGUGGCACGGGGGGGUCCGGGGGGGUGUCUGCGGUGGCGGCCGCGGCCUCGAGGGCCGGCGACGACCUGGACGCCCAGCUGCUGGAGCGGCGCAGCACGCACUCCAGCGAGCCCGACUCGCCCUCGCCGCCCUCGCUGAGCGGCAGCCUGCCGUCGGUGGCCGACUCGCACUCCAGCCACUUCUCCGAGUUCAGCGGCGGCUCCGACCUGGACGCCUGCCGGCCCGCCUGCUGCCCGCACCAUCACCACCACCACGAGCACGCCGGCUGCGCCAGGCUCGGCCACAACAACGCCGCCACGAACGCCAGCCCCCCGCCCGAGCUGGACCACGCCACGUUGGAGACCAGCCUGCUGUCCGAGGGGGUGCCCCCUUCGCCGUCGGUCGGUGUGUUGGCGCUGCGCUACAUCGCGGAAGAGAGCGUGGGCUUGAUGCGGGCGGUAGAGCUGGACUCCAGGAUGGACGAGGACGAGGGCGAGGGCGAGGCGGACGAAGAGAGCGCGGAAGCCUCUCUGAAAGAGCGAAACAAUAACCUGCCACCGUCGCCAGACAGCUCGCCCAGGCACCCCUGCAUCCAGACGGACAUUUAGGCCCCUCGCUGACCCCCAGAGACGGGACACCACGGGUCACUCGGACCCACAAACCACAGAGCUUCUCCAGCUAAUCUCACACCCACUUUAUCUUACUAAAGGAUUGCACACUGACUACGAGGUUUGAAAAUUAAAAAAAAAAAAAAAAUUAAGAGCAGAAAAGAGGGAAAAAAGAAGAGUUAUUACUGAGGUAUUGUGGUAAAGUGUUUUUUUUUUAUUAUUAUUAUAAUUUUAUUUGUUUUUUAGUGUUGGUUUCAGCGUUGGCUGUUUGCUAAACGAAUGUCGAUAAAGGAAUGUCCACUGUCUAUGUGCGAGCAGGGCAGUGUGUAUGCUGUACAGAGGGAGUGUAGGUGGAAGUGAUGGGGGUUGGGGGGUUUGGUCAAACGAUAUCUAAACUGGUUGGUCAGGCAUGUGGGGUUCAAGAACCAAGUUCCAGAAUGGUCCAUGUUGGCGAUACGACUGCUUUCUGGCUCAGCCUUCCCUUCUUUCAUGUAGCUGCUCUCAGGUAGACGAAAGCGCUGAUGAGACCCAAGAAAGCUACUAGGCAUGAAUGUAGGAGGGACUACUGAUUGACAGGUACAAGUUGAUUGACAGAUGUAGCUGCAAAUAACAAGCCUCGGUAUGUUUGUUGCUUUGUUCUUUCCCCCCCCCCCCCCUAAGGGACAGUAGCAUUUUUUUCAAAGAGUGGGCCUUACAGUUUUUUCGGUGAGGCUGUUCAAGUAACACCCCAUGGGCGGAUGCACACCCUUACGUGGUGUAACACACUCACACACACACACACAGACACACUCUUUUAGAAAAUCAAAUGCUGUUCUGUGGGUUGGAUCUUCCACAGCCCAGCCUGAGGAUUGUGCACCAUUAUGCAUCAUUCAGAUGGACACCUAAGAGGGACCAGGCAAUGGUAGUGUUCCUUUUUUUGCCCUGUCAAGAUUCUUGUAAAUUAUUUUUUACUCUUCUUGUGAAGUUGUGGUUCCUUGUCUUUCUUUUGUGUUUUUUUUUUUCUCAUUUUGGGAAAGGUUGUUCAUUGGCUGCAGCCCCGUGUUGGGGGCAAUAGGUGUGUAACAUUGGGGGGGAGGAGCUCUGAGUGAAGCAGAAUCAGGAGUACCUCUCUCUUGUAGACCAUACAGCCCACUGUAGCCUUCUGCACCAGCUAGAGCCUCACAUUCACAGCACAAAGUAACCGAGCAAGAGGAUAGGCGUGACUUUAAAAAGGCUCACAUCGACGUUCACGCAUAAGAAAAGCAGAACAUCUCAACAGCUACAGGAAAUGGCCGAGCAUUCAGGGUCAUUUACAGAGGACUCUCCUGCUUAAACGAUGAAGAUGCACCUCACUAUAGAAUUUCUUCUCUCUUUUUUUUAUGUUAAUGACUCAUGGU